UAGUUCAGUAGUAUUGAAAUAGCUGUGUUGGUGUACAGUUAUUUGGUGAUAUUGUCGCAGGAAGAAGCAUCGUGUAUCGGCAACGUCAGUGCGCGUAUGUUUUCAUACGACCAAUACACGUUGUGCGGUAAACAAGGCUUGGAUUGGAUGCGAGUCGAUCCGUUCGGUAUUUUUUGUUUGUUAUGAUUGUGUUUUGUGAUAAUUAGAAAAAACGGUAAACCUGUGUUAGUGUCACCAAACAAACUGUACCGGAGCAGUUAGUGGAUAUUUUUCUGGAUUAGGGAUUGUCAGCAAGGCAUGAACAUAUCCAAGAAAAAGACGACAACACAAUCAUUAUCAGCAAUACUAAUGCACACAUAUCAGGAAUAUCCAUACUGUGAUAAUCCACAGAAUCUUAUCUGAUUAGACCUGUGUUAUUUUAUCAAAAGAUGUUUACACUCAACUACAGAUAAAGCUCACUCGGAAUACAGUGUCAUCUAGUCAACGUUAGUGUCGCGUAGUUUUAGUAAUUUAUCGAUAAAAUGGGAAUGUUGUACAGGAAGAGAUCUCUGCUUCUGAAAUUAGCAGUUAUAGUAACGACCGCAUGGUUCACGAUAGCCUUUUUACUCUACACAGACAAUAGCUCGCCUCAAUCCGACGUGGUGGCGCUCCCUCUAGAUGGCGAACAUAUCAGAAAAAACGAAGUAGCGCCCGAAAGAGUGAUUCCGUUCCAAGAAUCGCGAAGGACUUCGUCCAAAAGUGUAAAUAAAAACAAUAAUAAUAAUAAUGACUAUGGUGGUGUGCUAGUGCCGCCUGAUAACGUGGCAGGAGAGAUGGGGAAACCAGUUGUUUUGCCUACGAAUUUAUCAGCGGAUAUAAAAAAAUUAGUGGACGAGGGCUGGAUGAAAAACGCCUUCAACCAGUAUGCCAGUGACCUGAUUAGUGUACAUAGAAGUUUGCCUGACCCUAGGGAUGAAUGGUGUAAAGAAGAUGGACGUUUCCUCGACGUCAGCAAGCUUCCCUCCACAUCCGUUAUCAUCUGUUUCCACAACGAAGCAUGGUCGGUGCUACUUAGGACCGUUCAUACGGUGUUGGAUAGGUCUCCUAGAGAUCUCAUUGAAGAAGUUAUCCUCGUAGACGAUUAUUCGGACAUGCCGCACACCAAAAAGCAAUUAGAGGAUUAUUGGAAAGAUGAACCGAAGGUGAAAAUUGUAAGGGCGCAAAAGAGAGAGGGAUUAAUUAGGGCUCGAUUAUUAGGUGCCAAACAUGCUAAUGGCAAAGUCUUAACCUACCUCGAUUCGCAUUGUGAAUGUACCGUGGGAUGGUUAGAACCGCUUUUGGAUAGAAUAGCGAGAGAUUCCACAACCGUAGUGUGUCCUGUUAUCGACGUAAUCGACGAUUCCACAUUAGAGUAUCACUACCACGAUAGUUCUGGCGUUAACGUCGGUGGAUUCGAUUGGAACCUACAGUUCAACUGGCAUGCAGUUCCUGAACACGAAAAGAAGAGGCACAAGAACACUGCCGAGCCUGUUUGGAGUCCUACGAUGGCAGGAGGACUGUUUAGUAUAGAUAAGGAAUUCUUCGAGAAACUUGGUACUUAUGACGAUGGAUUUGAUAUUUGGGGAGGAGAAAACUUAGAAAUAUCUUUUAAGACUUGGAUGUGCGGUGGCACACUCGAAAUCAUUCCAUGUUCACACGUUGGACACAUUUUUAGAAAAAGAUCUCCUUACAAAUGGAGAAGCGGAGUAAAUGUGCUACGUAGAAAUUCCGUGAGACUAGCAGAAGUUUGGUUAGAUGAAUACGCCCAAUAUUAUUACGAUAGGAUAGGAGGAGAAAAGGGAGACUAUGGAGAUCUCAGUAAAAGGAAAGAACUUAGAAAAAAUUUAGGAUGUAAGAGUUUUAAAUGGUAUUUGGACAACAUUUACCCAGAGCUAUUUGUUCCGGGUGCAGCUGUAGCUAAAGGAGAGAUAAGAAACUUAGGUGUCGGUGGUAAAACAUGUUUGGAUUCAGCUGCUAGACGUGCAGAUUUGCAUAAACCAGCCGGUUUAUAUCCUUGUCAUAAGCAAGGAGGUAAUCAGUACUGGAUGUACAGCAAAACUGGAGAAAUUCGCCGAGAUGAAUACUGCUUGGACUUCAGUGGUGGGCAGGACGUAAUUCUUUAUCCGUGCCAUGGUAGCAAAGGAAACCAAUUCUGGGACUACGACCAAGAACUGAAGCUUCUGCGACACGGCAGUAGCGACAAAUGUUUGGCCAUAAACGACAUUAAAACUAAACUAGUUAUGGAAAGGUGCAACCCCGACGUUCAACGACAGCAAUGGUCAUUAGAGAACUAUGAUAAAUCGAAAUUGUGAUGAUUCAUUUUGUUUUACGUUAUUAAAUGAUUUGUUGUA